CAUUUCAUACCUCCUCCCUCUCAUUUCCCCGUUACAAUGGUGAAGUUCUCCAAGGAGCUUGAAGCUCAGCUAAUCCCUGAAUGGAAGGAAGCUUUCGUCAACUAUUGGCAGCUCAAAAAGCACAUUAAGAAGAUUAAACUCUCACAACAACCAAAAUUAUCACCUCUUCAUCAAGACUUUUCCCAUGAUUUCGGCCGCUCCAUUCUCGACCCUGCCCGAUUUGUCGCCCGCAAAAUCUGCCACCACUUGUUCAACUCCCGUCACAGCCCCCCCGAGAUCAUUCAGGUGAGAAGGAAGAGUGGUGGAGAAGGGGGUCUCGGGGAGGAGGUUUACCAAACAGACCUUGUUCAAUUGUUCUCCGAAGAAGACGAGGUAAAGGUGUUUUUCGAGAGAUUAGACGAAGAAUUGAAUAAAGUGAACCAGUUUUACAAGACUAAAGAGAGUGAGUUUUUGGAGAGAGGAGAGGUUUUGAAUAAGCAGCUACAAAUACUCAAAGACCUUAAGCACAUUCUUAGCGAACGUCGCUGCAAAUCUUCUUCCGGGAUUCUUCCUCGUUCUUGGCCUUCUCCUGCUACCAACUCUGAUUUCUCUGAGAGUCCAAGAGAAUCGAUUGAAAGUCCGGGUAAUGAAGCGUCAGAAACAGAGGAAGUAAUAGCAGCUCUGGAAAGAAAUGGCGUCAACUUCAUAAACUCAGCAACGAGGAACAAGACGAAGAAGGGGAAACCAAAAAUGGCGUUGAGAAUCGACAUACCGGCCACCACCCCAAUGCGGACAAUAACGGCGGUUACGUCGGUGCUUUGGGAAGAUCUGGUCAACAACCCAAAAGCCGAUGGGCCCGGAGACUUAAUCAACCGAAAGAAAAUUCAGUGCGCCCAGAAAAUGAUCAGGGGUGCUUUUGUUGAGCUCUACAGAGGUCUUGGACUCUUAAAGACUUACAGCUCACUCAACAUGAUUGCUUUUACAAAAAUCCUCAAGAAAUUCGACAAGGUAUCUAAUCAACAGGCAUCAUCAAGUUAUCUUAAAGCAGUGAAGAGAUCCCAUUUCAUUAGUUCUGACAAG